CCUCAAGUACCAACCAACCUGUGUAUAUAAAACCCUGGCGCAGGCCUAACACUGUUAUCAGUUUAUUAUCACCCAGCUUCCAAGCAACAUCAUUUUCUUUCUCACAUGCUCGUGAGAAUGUCAAAUCUGCAUUAUGGUUUCAAUUUUUUGCUACUUCUUGUUCUUCUUCUGAUGCAAAAUCCGACUACGACUCUAUGCCAUACAAAGGGAUUGCGGCCAAAGCGUUCUACUGUGACAUCAUCGACGACCAACAUGACCCGAAUCCAAUUCUCAGAACAGCAAUUCAUGAAGUGGAUAAAGUUUGUUGGUGGCCUCAGACACUCUGUUUUCGGGAUAGCCAAAAACAAGCUUUUUCCCUCUCACACCCUGCAUGUCUCCAAAAAGCCUUCUUCGGGACAAUUUUCGACAAUUCAACGCGCAAUCGAUUCUCUUCCAUUCCUCAACCUUGUGAGAGUCGUGAUAAAGGUCCACGCAGGGGUUUACACGGAGAAAGUGAACAUUCCUCCUAUGAAAUCCUUCAUAACCAUACAAGGUGCUGGAGCUGACAAAACCAUAGUUCAAUGGGGAGACACAGCACAAACAAAAGGAUCAGACGGGAAGCCAAUGGGAACCUAUGGAUCAGCAACAUUUGCUGUGAAUGCACCUUAUUUCAUCGCCAAGAACAUCACAUUCAAAAAUUCUGCCCCAAUUCCAGCACCAGGAGCAGUAGGAAAGCAAGCAGUGGCAUUAAGAAUAUCAGCAGACACAGCGACAUUCCUGGGGUGUAAAUUCUUAGGAGCACAAGACACAUUGUAUGAUCAUGUGGGAAGACAUUACUAUAAAGACUGCUACAUCGAAGGCUCAGUAGAUUUCAUAUUCGGGGACGCCCUGUCUCUGUUCGAGAGGUGUCACGUGCAUGCAAUAGCGCAGAACAUAGGGGCGUUAACAGCACAGGGAAGGAACAGUAUUUUGGAGGACACAGGGUUUUCGUUUGUGCACUGUAAGGUCACGGGUUCUGGGGCACUGUACCUAGGUAGGGCAUGGGGUCCCUUCUCUCGCGUGGUCUUUGCUUACACCAAUAUGGACAAUAUCAUCAUUCCCAAAGGCUGGUACAACUGGGGUGACCCUAACCGGGAAAUGACUGUGUUUUAUGGACAAUACAAAUGCACGGGACCAGGAGCCAGAUUUGCAGGCAGAGUAUCUUGGUCAAGAGAGCUCACGGAUGAGGAAGCUAAGCCUUUUAUUUCACUUAGCUUCAUUGACGGCUCUGAAUGGAUCAAAUUGUAGAACUUCAUCACAUACUGACUCUUUUUUUUUUAAUUAUUAAUAUUUUAUUGCUUUUCUCUGCAGAGUUUGAUUUCUUCUUGUGUGACCAUUUUUUCCUUCUAUGUAUAAAUAAAUAUAAAUGUAUCACAAUUUCAUUUUGGCUUUCUCAGUUCCCAA